UAAAUAUAUAAACACAAAUCUCUCUCUUGAUCAUGAUGAAUAAUAAUAAUAAUAAUAAUAAUAAUAAUUUGAGCACUGUUGAGGCAAAUUUACCUCCAGGAUUCAGAUUUCAUCCAAGAGAUGAAGAACUCAUCUGUGAUUACUUGAUCAACAAGAUCUCCGCCACCGCCACCGCCGCCGCCACCGCCGUCUUUCCUCAUAUGAUAGUUGUCGAUCUGAACAACUGUGAGCCUUGGGACAUUCCUGAAAGUGCUUGUGUUGGGGGAAAGAAUUGGUAUUUCUACAGCCAACGCGAUCGAAAAUACGCGACCGGUUUGAGAACAAACAGAGCGACGGUUUCCGGUUACUGGAAGGCCACCGGAAAAGAUAGGGCAGUCCUUAAUAAGAAGGGUAGGGUGGUUGUUGGAAUGAGGAAAACUCUUGUUUUUUAUCAAGGGAGAGCCCCUAAAGGAAACAAGACUCAUUGGGUUAUGCAUGAAUUUCGUCUUCAUAAUUCCCCUUCUUCUUCUUCCUCCAAGGAUGCGGAAGAGGAGGAUUGGGUAAUUUGUAGAGUGUUCCAAAAGAACAAAAACGAAGAAACAAACAAAGGAGGUUGUUUUGACGAUCGAAAACAAAAACACGACAAUUCAUCGGACAUCAACUUGCAAGCCGAGGCGAUGCAAGUGCCCUGCUUCUCCAUUUCCAACGCGGCCACCACAUUAACCGUAGCUCCACCCAUUAGUAAUAAUAAUAUGAAUAUAAUUGCAGAUGAUAAUGAAGUCGAGUUCAUGAUCAAUUCAUUCUUCACUCCUACUAAUCCUUUCUCUUGCGUUGAUGAUCAAGAUCAUGACAAGGUCAUAAGAGCUGCUAUGAGUCAAUUUACCAAUACGGAGUACAAUAAUAAUACCCAAUUCUUAUCGCAUGAUCAUGAUAGUAAUCUCGUCGAUUUGCCCACCAUUUGGAAUUACUAA